CGUUACUCGGCGGCAACAUCUCCGUCAUCAUUUGCCUUGAUGUGGAAGAGAGUCGUCCUUCGUUCAUCAACAUCCAGCAACCGGCCAGUGGGACGGAGAGGAAACAAGAGGACAACAUACCUGUAGCUGCAGAGGCGGUCGGGGAUGCGGGCUCUAGGAUGUUGCCAACUCAGCUGCUACACACCUACUAGCAGUUGCGGUAGUAGUGGUAGUGUAGUGGUAGUACGAUAUACGCUCAGAUCAUGAUUCGACUUGCUCCUCGGGCGCCCCGACUUCUCCCACAAAACAGCAGAGACCACAGGGAUGUGAGACUCCAUGUGGAUGGAUUGGUGCGAGAGACGCAAAGGCGAUGCCGAAAGCGUCCAUGGCUUGGAAGCUGUGCAACGCGAGCAAACGCCCUUUGAAAACAAGUCGUACGGAGCAGAUAGAAUGGGUGCCCAGGAGAAUCCUGGACAGCUGCAUGGUCAUGGAUAGUUCGAAGAAGGGGGAGUAAAAAUUUUUCUCUCAGGACGCAAGUUGGCAAGGUAGGUAAAGAAGAUGCAUGAUAUAUGAGCGCUAGUAGACUUGGGUGAAGUUCUCGUCUCCUGUACACACGGAAACGCA